AUGAGGAAUCAAAAGUGCUUCAACAUUCCGGAGCACGUCAGCCAGGGUGACAAAGCCAUGGGUCCAUCUUUCCACAGGAUGCUGUUUGUUGCAAUUUUUGCGCUUUUCUUUGCCUGCGCUUGUGCUGGGCCUAUUGGAGACUCAUACUCGUACUCCCCUGCGGUGGGUUCAGGCAGUGGUACUCCAUACACUAUCACUGGACAAGGCCGCAUCACUGCCGUCAGACUGUGGGAGAACUACAAUGGCCAUAUCCGCGGGAUUCAGCUGCGCUAUGAUUAUGCUUGGUCCCUUGUUGCUGGCUACGUUUCGGGCGAGGAGCUGCUGAUGGAACUGUUUGACGGCGAGUUCAUCGUCCAGAUCUCUGGGAAGUAUUCUCACUACAUCCAGAACCUGCAAAUCGUCACCAACAGAGGGCGAUUUCUCCAGGCUGGGCAGCCCUACGGCACUUCCUUCAACCUAUACCCUACCAACAGCCAGAGCGAGCUGCGUAUCCUCAGUGGCCGUUACCAUGGCGGCCUGACCUCCAUCGGCGCCCACUGGGCCAUCCGGUACAACACCACCAUGCCUUAA